UCGAAAGUCUCGGCUGAAGUUACGCUGGCGUGUCAUUGCACACUUUUUCCCAGGCUUUCUCGAGAAGAUGAAGCUUCGGGAAGACAGCCCUGCUUGCGAGCGGGAUAACAGCACAAGCGAUCGGAAGUCACAUUUCGCACACGCUUCGGUAAGCCGUCGCUGGCUGUUACCUUGAGCCCUGCUCAGAAUUCAAGCCUGGACAUCCAACCCGCCGAAGCAGACAUGGCUCCCAACGCCCUGAGAGGGUGGGGAACAACGGCUGCGGCUGCGGUCUGUCUCGCUGCUAUUGUGGCGUACGCUGCACGCAGCAGGUCUACUGCUGAUAACAAACGGGAACCGGGCACCGUUGGAUUUUUUGCGUCAACCAAGCAGACGAGCCCAGUCGGUGCGCCUCUUCAGACUCGCAGCGUUAGGAUGCGCAAAUUGGCCCCAGCAUACGACGCCGAGGAAAGGCAGGUCGCAGAGAUGAUGGUCCACCUUUCUUUUGCAUGAGGAUGAAGCUUUCAGGAUCAUCACCGGUUACAAGCCAUCCGUGCUAUCAAAAUGAGUUCCCUACAAGAUGCCGCUGGAGUACGGCGUCCGUGAAUGAAGUGAAAUUAGAUGCCGGGGUUGCCCAUCGUCAACUGUAUCUCCGUAUCAAACCUAAAUCUGUAUAUAUAUUGAUAUGGCCAAUAUCUGUUGCCUUG